ACAAUGUGGGCCACGCAACGAAGCUUCCUUCCAGAUCGCAUGCUGUCACCAUCAACGGUGGUUCCCUUACCUGUCUAAAAAAAUCAAUCUCCAAAUCUCACUUCCCUCUCCGUUUCAAUCAAUCAAAAAUGGUUUCUACAUUCAGCGGCGAUGAAACAGCACCGUUCUUCGGCUUCCUCGGCGCCGCUGCCGCUCUCGUCUUUUCAUGUAUGGGAGCAGCGUAUGGGACAGCGAAGAGCGGAGUAGGAGUAGCUUCGAUGGGAGUGAUGAGACCGGAACUAGUAAUGAAAUCAAUAGUUCCGGUUGUGAUGGCUGGUGUGCUUGGGAUUUACGGUUUGAUUAUUGCAGUUAUAAUUAGUACUGGAAUUAAUCCUAAAGCCAAAUCUUAUUAUUUGUUUGAUGGUUACGCUCAUUUAUCUUCUGGUCUUGCUUGUGGCCUUGCUGGUCUUUCUGCUGGUAUGGCUAUUGGUAUUGUUGGCGAUGCUGGUGUUAGAGCUAACGCACAACAGCCAAAACUAUUUGUUGGAAUGAUUCUGAUUCUCAUCUUCGCCGAGGCGUUGGCUCUAUAUGGACUUAUUGUCGGCAUCAUCCUCUCUUCUCGUGCUGGCCAAUCCAGAGCAGAGUAGAAAACUGGUUUUUGGCAUGGCUUUGCUGUAUUCAGGUUGGUGAUGCUAGUGAAGAGUGCGCUGGUGUUAAAUCAACAUUUUGUCAUGCAUGUGAUUUCUCCAAAUGUAUUUCCGGGUGCUAACAUACUGGUUUUGAAUCUGAGGGCAAGUUUCCCCUUGAAAUAAGCUGUCUUUAUGUUUCAUUACCCUUCUUCUUUUUUUUGUAUUCUUCGUCUGUUAGUUCAAUGUAAUAUUCAAAACCUAGCUUGCACAUGGUUAUCUAUUGCAAAGUUGUCCGUUUGUUUUUUAUCA